CCGCUGGCGGUGGUGCAGACACGCCAGAGCAAACGGGCAGCCAGCAGUGUACAGGACACGCUCAGACACAGACGACCACACGUACAGACAGAUAGACAGACAGACAGACAGACACAGACACACACACACACACACUCACACAUACACACAGACACAGACACAGACAUAGACACACACACACUCUCUCAGCCAUGUCCAAGAUGCUGAAGAUAGGCGGGGUGUGGGUGUCCUUUCCGCACAACCCUUACGACUUGCAGACAGCGUACAUGAACUCUCUCAUCCAAGCCUUGAACGAGGGGAAGAAUGCGAUGCUGGAAAGCCCAACGGGUACGGGCAAGACGCUGUGCUUACUGUGCGCCAGCCUUGCGUGGCAAGAGCAAUUUACAAAGGCCCUCACAGCACAGGCGGAGGAGGAUGCAGCCAAGGCCAAGGCUAAAGCAAUGGCAGCGGGACUGGGUGGAGGCCAAGGACCGCAUCAAGGUUGGCAAGCGAGUGGCACUGGAUAUGAGCAGCAGCACCAACAACACCAGCCAGGCAAUCCCGCACAAGGGUUUACCCCGCAGAAGCCCAAAGCACCCCGAAUCAUCUACGCCACGCGAACGCAUUCGCAGAUUGCGCAGACCAUUGCCGAGCUGAAGCGCACAUCGUACAAGCCAAAUAUCUGCGUUCUUGGCUCCCGCGAGCAACUGUGCAUCAACCCCGAGGUCUCCCGCCUCGACACAAACGCCGCGAAGACAAGAACGUGCCGCCACAAAGUCGCCAGCCAGGAGUGUUCGUAUUAUUUCCAAGUGCCAAAAGGGAAGAAGGAUCUUGCUGAUCACGGCAUCGCAGAUAUCGAGGAUCUUGUGAAGAUUGGGCGGAGCGCGUCGUGCUGUCCGUAUUAUCUGGCGCGGGACGGGCUGGAGAGUGCACAGCUCGUCUUUGUUCCGUACAACUACAUCCUCAACUCUCGCACGCGGCGCAAUCAGCGCAUCGACGUCGAAACUUCAGUGGUGAUCCUGGAUGAGGCGCACAACAUCGAAUCCGUGUGCGAGGACGCGUCGAGUUUUGAUCUCUCAACAACAGAUCUCGCAGCCUUCAGUAACGAGCUUGCACGGCUGAGCACGGCGGAUGCGGAAGUGCUUGGAGAGCUGACGGCGGACGACGCGAAAGCGCUGCACAAACUCGUACUGCAGAUUGAAGAGAAACUCGAUGCACUCCCCGUCAAGAUCGGAGCACCCAUGCAGCGGUCUGGAGACUUCAUCUUCCGCUUCUUUGAAGGGCUGAACAUGACGUUUGAGACCGUCCAGGUGAUCCUGCCCAAGGUCGAGCAGGCAGCAGACGCCGUGGGAGCACUCAAAAGUUCGCGCUGCCACCUGUCCAAGUUUGCGGACAUCCUGCGAUUGCUGUUUGGCGCGGAGACGAAGGACAACUUGGCCAUGAUCCGGCAGUACUAUUACGUGAAUGUGUCAGAGUCGAAGCGACAGCAGCAGCAGCAGCAGCAGAGCGGGUGGGCGGUUGCUGCGCCCGCCGGGAACCCGCGGACCAUCAGCUUCUGGUGCUUUACGUCCUCGUUUGCAAUGAAGAGUCUGAUCCAGGACGGGGUGCGGUCUGUUGUCCUGACGAGUGGAACCCUCUCCCCUCUCGACACAUUUGCAGCGGAGCUCAUGGUUGACUUUCCAAUUCGUCUCGAGAAUCCGCACAUCAUCUCGAAGAAACAGGUGUGGGCCGGGGUGCUGACGUGCGGCCCGCGCGGACACGAACUCAACGCGUCGUACACAACACGCAGCUCCCCAGCGUACCAGGCAGACCUCGGGAACGCAAUCGUCAACUUUGCCCGCGUUGUUCCCAAAGGCCUUCUCGUCUUCUUUCCCUCAUACGGUUUCAUGCGCCAAUGCAUCGAGGGGUGGCAGCAGAGCAGCGGUCGCUCAAUAUGGGAUCAGAUUGCAGAGUACAAAAAACCGGUGGUUGAACCACAGAACAAACACGAGUUCGUUGCUGCCAUGGAGGUGUUUUAUCAGCAGUUGAAGGAGCCGGACGCCGGUUCCGUUUUCUUCGCCGUCUGUCGCGGCAAGGUGAGCGAGGGUCUCGACUUUGCGGACGAGAACGGGCGGGCAGUUAUCAUCACGGGUCUGCCGUAUCCAGCAGCCAUGGACCCACGCGUGCUGCUGAAGAAGAAGUUUCUGGAUCGCAUGAAGGCGCAGGGCACAAUGCGCCUCUCGGGCCAGCACUGGUACUCCACGCAGGCAACGCGCGCCGUGAACCAGGCCAUCGGACGCGUCAUCCGGCACAGGAAGGACUACGGCGCCAUUAUUUUGGCAGACACGCGUUUUAAGCGCACGCGGAAUCAGCUGCCGGCCUGGCUGCGCGCGCACGUGCAGGAGUUUAGGGAUUUCGGAGAGGCGCAGCGAAGCGUCCGCACGUUCUUCAACAACGUGCCCGUGUUCCGCGAUGAAGACCCGUCGACUUCUUCAUCGGCAUCAGCAGAGGGUGGCGUGAUGGGCGGUGCGGCAGCGGCUGCAAUGAGCGGAGCGGUGGGAAGUGAUCUGUCAGCACCAACAGCGACAACAACAACAACGCGUGUGCGACUCAGGAAAAGCGCCAUUCCUUCUCGUGGUGUUGUUGCGUACGAUCACAAUGACGACGACGGCAGCGCAUCGAAACUCCUUGGCGUGAAAUCACUCAGCGCAAAGCACACCUCACUCACCUCGCUCACCUCCGCAAAGCCAAGCAAUGUGAGCGUGGAUGCACCGUACAAGGGAUUGAAUGCAACGGUGGGCACGCUCGGCGUUGCACGGCGGGGCGUCGAUGCACGCAAACAAACUUCGUCGUCAUCGUCAUCAUCAGCAACGCCGAAACCAUCGUUAGCAUCAAUCGUUGAAGCGUCAUCAUCAUCGUCAUCAUCGUCAUCAUUGUCAUCAUCAUCAGCGUCGAGCGACAACACAUCCAAGACCGAUGUACACGUGCGCAAACGCGCAAAGAAGCGCGAGCUGUUCCAAAGUGCCCAGAAGUUCAAGAAAGUCGAAAACGCAACCGGCGAGGAUGCGCGGGAGUACUUGGCGAAAUACGUCAAGCAAGUCAAGCGGGAGUGUUCGCAUGACGUGUACGUGGCAUUUGCUGUCGCAGUCAAAGCCUUUCAGAAGGAAGUGGCGCAGACGAAGAAGUUUUCAACGGCGCUGCCCGCCAUCGCACGCGAACUGAAACGAUUGUUUGUGGGCGAAACACAGUAUCUCCUGUACAACUUUGAUGCGUGUCUGCCGGCACCGCAGCGUGUCAAGUACAAGGAGCUAUUGCGCAACAUGCCGUCAUGAUGUGAUGUGAUGUCAAUCGGUCCGUUCAGAGUGCACUGUAAUGUAAUGUAACAACAUCAUGUAAUGUAUUAAGUGUAAUGGGCAUGAUCCCCCUCACAACGUAACACGAAAGGAGUCAACCAAAUCAGCACGCAUGUGCUUGCGUCGGUCGAAAAAUAAUAAUCAAAAACAAACAGGGAA